ACAGAUUCCAAUGAUAUAUCACAAAACAAAAAUAAAGAUUGUUGAUUCUCAGAGCAGAGUUAACUAUUAAAGGAAGGAAUAUCGUCAAGCCAUAUCAUAAAAGAAGAAGUUGAUUUUCAGUAACAAUGUAUAGUUUAUGACAAAAAGUAGAUUGUUGAACAUCUGAAUUUGAGGCUAUUCCCUGUGUUCCCUCACCUGACAACUAUGCGCAUCGAUCAAUUCAGCUGUUAAAAUUGUCAAUAUGGAGAAAGAGUUUCGUGAUCGGGACUCUAAGGUGGAUCUGUUUUACGCCGAAACCGAUCUCGAUCAACCUACGGAUUACAGUUUGCGAUAUGCCGAGGACGAUACGGAUGAUGACGAGAAACAGAGCACCGAAUAUUUUCCUGGUGGCGAACAGGAAGAUACUGUCAAGACGUACUGCACCGAGGGCACUCCGUAUGAGACUCCUUUCAAUUUCUCUACGGCGACUUCAAUGUCAGACUUGCGGGUCGAAGACACGAAGGAAGGCGAUGGUCUGAAAAAGAUGCCGAAAAAGACAAUCGAGAUGGAUAACAAGAGUCCUGUGUCUUUCAUCAAGCAAGCUACUUCGCUCGACCACAAUGAGGGUGGUAGUUUGGUAAGGAAAGAAGAAGAACUGGAGGAGAAUCCAAAGGAUACUGUGGUUUUAAAUCCUGGACAAGUGACCCCACAGAAGAUAGUAAGUUAUUAUGAAGAGGGAACGUCACACGGUUUCUCGCGCGCUAAUUCACUUAGUUCUCUGAGUAGCGCAAUGACCCCUCAGAAUAACAUUCCAGGAGUUAUAUCGAAGGUAGAUUUGCCCAAUUCUGUGAACAAAGAAGAGCUAGAGAGCGAUGAUCAUAGUGUUCUGAGCUUGAAUAGUAAUCAAAUGAGACUGCCUUCACAAAACAGUGAACUGUCUGCAAAUAAAAAUAAUUCUCGUGUGUUAGAUAAGGAAGGAAAAAUGGUAACAUUUGGUGGUCAAGAUUACUAUGCUGAAGAAACUCCUCUGAUGUUUUCACGUUGUAGUUCGCUUGGUUCUCUAAGUGGAUUUGAACAGCAUUCUAUUCAUGAUGAUCGUAGUUCUGUAGUCAGUGAUUUUAGCCGUAGGACCAGUGGUGUAGUAUCACCUAGUGAGUUGCCAGAUUCACCUACACAAACAGUUUUACCUAGCCCACGUAAUCAUAAAACUCAGAAUGCUGAAUUUAUAUCAAAAAUGCAAGACGAAGCAGUAAGACCAUCUGUCCGACAUUUAUCAUAUUCCAAACCACAAAUCACUAGAGGUAGUGUUUUUGAAGAUGAGGUUGCUACUUUCAAGGAAGAAUCAACACCGGUUGAAUUUUCUACUGCGACCAGUCUAAGUUCCCUCACAAUCGACGACGAAGUCAAGAUACUUAAUGACACCAAAACAUAUUGUAGAUUAGAAAAGGUAUCCAAUGAAACUAGUGAGAAAAAUAUUUGCAGAAUUGAGAAAGAUAUGCUCAACCUGACAAUAAGUGACUCCGAAAGCAAAGUGAAAGAGGAACAAGUGAGUGACGCCGACGAAGAUGAUGAGGAUAUGUUAGCUGCUUGUAUCAAUAUGGGAAUGCAAACCAACAGAUACAGACAGUCUUUCAAGAUGCUCAAUUCUCAGAAACCUACACAAUCAGAGCCGUCAAAUAUUUUGGCACCAUUUCAGAGAAAUUCUAUGCCGAAUAGAUUAGAAUCGCACAUGCCUGUGGUUUCCGUUGAGACUAUUGGCGCUUCGAAAACUAGUAAAACUGCUAUAGAAAUUGGCGUUGCUCCCGAUACUAUGCACGUAUAUUGCACGGAGGAUACACCUGCGGACAUCUCUCCGGUCGGAUCUCAGUCCAAUCUAUCUGCCCUCUCAAUGCCGAGUGUGCAAGAGGAUAUCGAGAAGAUUGAGCAGGCGAAGUCAGUGGAAGUUGAGUGCCACAGGAACGACUUAUCUGACGAAAGUUCUAAUCUUUCGGGAGAGGAUGAAAAAAUAUUGGAUGAGUGCAUUCAGUCGGGUAUACCUAAGCCAAGGCAAAUAACGCCACCUCCGACAAGCAGUAUACUAUUCGUCAAGAAAUCCGAAUUAUCGUCACAUAAAUUCAAUAUUUACGGCACGCCAUCCUCUUCGCCUGUUGAAACGAGUCACACAAAUAAGAAUCCUAUAAUGGUUAAAUCACUAGACAGUGUGUCAUUGAGACAUCCAGACGAACUUUCCGACGAUAGUCCGAAUCACUCAGAUGACGAAGCGAUUUUGACUGAAUGCAUACGAUCUGCAAUGCCAAAGGUGAGAUUUAGCACAACACACAUGUCACCAUCAAUUAGAUCACCGUUAGCACAAACUAUGGAAAGUCCUAAAGUAACGGAUAUGCGGACAUCUUCCACUUCAUCAACAUAUUUUCAAUCGGGAUAUGGGGAACAGAGAAAGAAUAUAACGAGAAAAUGUUUGCCUUACGAAGACAAUGUCGGACUUUCUGAAGAAGAGGAAGAUAUCAUUUUAGCACAAUGUAUUAGAUCCGGAAUGCCAAAGGUAUCGAGUUCUUUGUCUACGACAAUAGCACCUACGGUGAAGAAAUUCGAUGCAUAUCCAAGAGCUAUGGGAAGUUUCCCAGUUUCUUUGUCACCAUCGUACUGCGUUAGCAAGGUUUACCCUGUUAAAAACGUCGUAUUGCCGUCGUCGUUCAAAACUCCGAACGUUGCUACGACGGACCGCUUCGCCGAGAAUGCGACGUCCAGUAAUUUCAAUUGCUACGGGAAAGCAACGAAUAGCAUGGCACAGACGUCAAGUCAGACGUUGAGAAACUGUGAUAGCAUCAUGUGUGAGAGAAUCAACAAUUCGCCGUAUUGCAUUCGCAGGUCGUCGCAUCAGCGCUCGCAAAGUGAGAACUGUAAUGCCGUCGACGGUACUUUCGUGUCUUUGCAGUCUUCUCAUGUCGCCAAAUAUGGCGCGCCGACACUCAAUAAAACGGAACAUGACGACGACGAUAGCAACUUGUCGGGCAGGAACAUACUGAAGUCCAAUGCGGCACCAUCGCGCCAGAGUUCGGUGAGUUCACUCUGCGAAGAGAGUUCGCUAAUCUCCACGGAUGAGUGGGCUCUGUUGGAGUUAUGCAUCACUUCCGGUAUGCCGAGAAACAAAUAUUCCGUUAAAGGGAUGAAAUCUAACGAGGGGACAAUCUCUGGUGGCCGCGACGAUUGCGAGCCGAUCCCAGAAGACAAUUACUCGGUAUGCAGUUACAAUUCCUACGUCUGUAAGACGUAACUGUUGAUAUUGCAUCGCACAUGUGCGAUGAUAGGAUUUCGGGCGAUAAAUUUCGUAUAUUGAAGACUGAAUACUUUUGUAUAUAGAAAUUCACGAGUGUGCUCAAAGCUUAUGUUCGAGAGGAUUAGUUCAGCCGAAAAUUGCAUGAUGUCUUUAUGUUAAAUUCAUAAAGGCAGUCAAUUAAUAAAAGUUACAAGUGUAUCAAUAUGUUUGUAUUCAACGAAAAAAUGUAUCUUCUGAAAAUUAUACAAAGCAAUUUGUAGCAAUUGAUAGUAAUUUAUUUUAUCAU